AUGUCUGUAACUGUAGAUGUGCCAAAAUACUACGAGCUGCAAGACGGCCGCAAGAUUCCCAGCUUGGCUCUGGGGACCUAUGACAUCCCCAACAGUGUCACUGCCAAAGUGGUCACCGAGGCAUUGAAGUGUGGGUAUAGGCACUUCGAUACCGCGGUGCUGUACGGGAAUGAGCGUGAAGUUGGCCAAGGUAUUGUGAACUGGAUCAACGAGGAUAAGGCGCACAACAAGAGGGAGGAUGUGUUCUACACUACCAAGUUGUGGAACUCCCAAAAUGGGUACAACGAGGCCAAGAGGGCCAUCAAGGAGUGCAUGCAGAAGGUCUCGGGCCUCGGCUACAUUGAUAUGCUGCUGAUUCACUCGCCCCUCUCAGGCCAAAGACGCAGGCUGGAGACGUGGAAAGCAAUGCAGGAGGCUGUCGACGAAGGCAUUGUGAAGAGCAUCGGUGUUUCCAACUAUGGGAAGCACCACAUCGAGGAAUUGCUGGGUUGGGACGAGUUGAAAUACAAGCCCGUCGUAAACCAAAUUGAGAUAUCCCCCUGGGUCAUGAGACAAGAGCUUGCUGAUUAUUGCAAAUCUGUCAACCUUGUGGUCGAGGCGUAUGCCCCAAUGGCCCAUGGGUAUAAGAUGAAUGACCCCGGUUUAAGAGAGAUUUCCAAGGAAACGGGGAUGAACCCGGGCCAGUUGCUGAUCAGGUGGUCUUUACAACAUGGCUAUUUGCCAUUGCCUAAAACCAAGACAGUUGCAAGACUGGCCAGCAACCUCGAUGUAUACAACCACAAAUUGACUUUGGAUCAGGUCAAGAGAAUGGACCAUCCAGAAGCCUACGAUCCUACCGACUGGGAAUGCACUGAUGCUCCAUAG